CGUCUGCAACUGCGCUUCAUUUUCAUCCAUUUCUAGGGUUUCCGUCGGGGGCGACAUGGCGACGGCUUCGGGGCAAGGUCCAGCGACGAAGAGGAAGCCCGUGUUCGUCAAGGUGGAUCAGCUGAAGCCCGGCACCAAUGGCCACACGCUGACGUUGAAGGUGCUCAGUUCGAAGGCCGUUUCUCAGCAAGGCCGCCAAGCUCCCCGCCAAGGCAGAAUCGCUGAGUGCGUCGUCGGUGAUGAGACUGGAACUAUCAUCUUUACUGCCCGCAACGACCAAGUUGACUUGUUGAAGCCGGACACUACUGUGAUCGUUCGCAAUGCAAAGAUCGAUAUGUUUAAGGGAUCAAUGAGGUUGGCAGUUGACAAAUGGGGUCGUGUCGAGGUUACUGAACCUGCUAAUUUUACAGUGAAAGAAGAUAAUAAUUUGUCUCUGGUGGAGUAUGAGUUAGUGAAUGUAGUGGAAGAAUGAGUAGGAGUUAUUGAUGGUGUCUUUAAAGGAAGACUUAAGAGUCCUUUUGGUAGGUUUUAGUUUCUUUUUAAUCCUAGUGAAUAUCCAUAUUCCAUCAAGGCUGAGUCUCAUCAUAACAUUAUUGUGGAUUUUAUACAAAGUUUCUAUGAAGCUGACUGUGUUUGUCUUUUGUCUUUUUUCUUGUUAUAUGAUGGUCUAGGGGGUGGUUAAUUAUGAAAGUUGAAUGUCAAUUGAUCUCUGCUUAACUCGGUGUUGGAGAAUCAAAAUAUAGAUUUCAAGCACUGGUAGUGAUUUUUUGU